AUGGAUCUCGCGAAGGAGCACUCGACGGCUACCACUAUUGGUGGAUAUGCAUUCCUUACUCUUAUCGUAGGCGCGUUGUAUUUGUCAACCAAGAAGAAGGCCAAGACACCAACUGUCAAGCAAAUCACGAAGCACCUCGACGUCGGCACUGACACCAAGAAGAAGUCCGAAAAGGCAGCGAAGCCGAAGAAGCCAAAGGCCCCAUCAGGCACCUCGGACGAGACGACCUCGACCUCGACCAGCCUCAACUACAACCAGCAGGAGGACGAUGCGGCCGAGAAGAAGGCCGACCGCGAAUUCGCCCGACAGCUAGCCAACACCCAUGCUGGCCACAAGUUCAACACCAAGACGUCUGACAGCAAGCGAACAAAGUCUGUUAAGCAGUCCAAGGCACAGGAGACCACUCCUGACGCUGGACCCGAGAAGUCAUCAGUCACUUCUUCGACCACUGGUGAUGCUGACGACGAUCUGUCACCUCAGACCUCCCCCAUUGUCUCAUCUGCCGAUGGCCGAGAUGUGUCUGACAUGCUCGAGGCCACCACUCCCGGCCCUUCAAUCCUUCGUCUUACCGACACCGACUCUGUCAAGAAGCAGAAAGAGCGAAAGGCCAAGGCUCCCGAGCCUGUCGAGAGCAAGAAGCAGCGACAGAACCGCAAGAAGGCAGAGGCUGCCAAGGCCGCCCGCGAAGAGGACGAGAAAGAACGCAAGGUGAAGAUGGAGCAGCAGCGUCGCGCUGCCCGCGUCGCCGAGGGACGAGCUGCCAAGGACGGCUCAGGCUUCAUGGCAAGCACUCAGAACGCCUGGAAUGACAAGUCUACCAAUGGCAAGUCUACGAAUGGAAGCGAUGCGGUUCAGCCGCUGGACACCUUCGAACGACAGCCGAAGCCCGAGGCCGAGCCCGAGCCUGAGCCCGUCCAGGCUAGCACUCCGACUCCUGCUGCGGCUAAGGAGCCGGCUUCCGACACCUGGUCUGGCAUGCCCUCCGAGGAGGAGCAGAUGGAGUUGCUUCGACAGGAGGAUUCUUGGAACGAGGUCAAGACGAAGAAGAAGGGCAAGAAGAAGGACGGCUCGGCUGACAACACAGCCUCGGCCGCUCCUGCGAACGGUGGAGACAAUGCCACCCCUUCAGCUAGCAUCAAGUCACGCCCUGCCGUCAACGGUGCCAAGAAGCCUAUCCUGACCAGCAGCAGCUCGUCCUUUGCCGCCUUGACACCUGAGGAGACCGAUGACAAUGACGAGGUCGAGAAGGAGUGGGAUGUAUGA